ACACGCCUAAUGAGAGCGUGAGUGUUCUCCUAAGCGACUUGCGCAGGACUGAUCUGCCAAUGGAGUAUAGGACGACAACCGUGUGGUUUAUCUUCCUCUGGUAUUUCGUGGAUACAUUGCUAAGAGACCGCGAUGCCAGUGUGCCCUCACUGGUUCUCGAAGAGUUUCUGAAUUGCGGAAAUGUUGACUGUAAUGUCCAGUUUGUGAUAUGCUCGUCUUCUUUGUCCACUUCACAGUAUAAGGAGCUGGAUAUCGGGAAAGGAAACUCCACGCAGGAAGAUUCCAAAGAAGCAUACGCUAUUUCCCUCUUACGGGUAGUGGAGCUGAGAAAUCUACCUAACGUGGAAACGCUGAGAACAAAGAUCCGGGAGAGGAAUCCAUGGUGGAGCUGGAGUCAGUUAGGGACAAAGCUUGCGCCAUGGGUUAAGAUCCAAAGUGGGAGAGAUUACCUUGAUCCAAGAUGUAGAGGGCUCACUGCCAAAGACAUCCGUCCAAAGUCGGAUCUUUAUUUAAACAAUAUCGUUACGAAGACUGAUCGACUAAACGCGCCAUUCAGUUUUAUACUUCCAUGAACAGGUGUAUGUAAAUCAUUUACACAAUCAUUAAAUAAACAAUCAUCAAGCCAUAAUUACAUAUCCCGAAACCAAACCCUAAUCAUAAAUAACGACCAUACAUCAUACAAACAAAACAUAGGAGAUAUCAAAAACCAACAAAAUAAACACAAAAUAAACCCGUCCCAAUCAAAUAAAACAAACAAA